CUCAGCCAGUCCCUGCGGGGUCAGGUGUCGGAGUGCCCUCGACCCUGUGACCUCGGCAUCUUUUCUUUUUUCUCUUCUCUUUUUCUUUCUUUCAUCAAAGUAACGUUCUUGACGGAAUCCGUUGGUUAAGAGGUUUCCUUUCAGCUUCGGGAGACUUUCUGCUAUGUCUCUGUGUGAAGACAUGCUGCUGUGUAACUACCGCAGGUGUCGACUCAAACUCUCUGGCUAUGCCUGGGUCACUGCCUGCUCCCACAUCUUCUGCGAUCAGCACGGCAGUGGAGAGUUCAGUCGUUCCCCAGCUAUCUGCCCUGCCUGCAACAGUACCCUUUCUGGAAAGCUGGACAUUGUCCGCACGGAACUCAGUCCCUCAGAGGAGUACAAAGCCAUGGUGCUGGCUGGACUCCGACCGGAGAUCGUGUUGGACAUCAGCUCCCGAGCACUGGCCUUCUGGACGUACCAGGUACAUCAGGAGCGUCUCUAUCAGGAAUACAAUUUCAGCAAGGCUGAGGGCCAUCUGAAACAGAUGGAGAAGAUAUAUACUCAGCAAAUACAGAGCAAGGAUGUUGAAUUGACCUCUAUGAAGGGGGAGGUCACCUCCAUGAAGAAAGUGCUAGAAGAAUAUAAGAAAAAGUUCAGUGACAUCUCUGAGAAACUUAUGGAGCGAAAUCGUCAGUAUCAAAAGCUCCAAGGCCUCUAUGAUAGCCUUAGGCUGCGAAACAUCAGUAUUGCUAACCAAGAAAGCACCCUUGAACCAUCCAUGAUUGCACAAUCUGGUGUUUUUGGCUUUCCAUUAGGGAACAACUCCAAAUUUCCUCUGGAUGGUACACCAGUACGAAAUCGGGGUGGCGGAGAUGGAGAUUUUCAGUUCAGACCAUUUUUUGUGGCUUCUCCCACAGCACCGGAACCCAGCAACAGCUUUUUUAGUUUUGCCUCCCCAAGUCGUGAGUUAGAACAGCAGCAAAUCUCUAGCAGGGCCUUUAAAGUAAAAAGAAUUUAGCUCACUUUACAAAGUAUUUCUCUCUUCACUAUCAGUGAUCUCAUUUAGCAAAUAAACUUUUAUUCUAGUUAGGAGUCACCGAUCUCUGUGUACUGUUACAUUUUCAACUUAGGAGAAACUCAGUGUAGGUAGGAGUGGCUUUAGAGUCUGGUUUCUUUUCCUGUUUCCAUUAUUUAAUGCAUGAGCAUUAUAUUAAAGUCACCUUUAUUGUGAAUUGUUGAGUUUUCACCUGUAGUGAAAAUGUUACAUUAUUAUUGCGUGUUUUGUGGAUCUCCAUUUGUUUUCUAUGUUAUUUCUGACUAAACUAGGUGUUUAUGUAUAUAAGCACCUAUGUUACAUGUCUGCUUGUCACUUUGUGUUCUCGUAUUUAUGCAUAUAUGUAUAUAUGUAUAUUCCUUUAUAUUAAUAUUUUGUUGUAUUUGCAAGUAUAUUUGUGUGAAGAUUUUGGUCUCAGGAAAUGGCAGGUGAAUCUACAGUUUGUUAUUUGGGUAUGUUUAUCUAUUUGUAUGUAUUUGCCCUUGUAUUAAUUUGUUUGGAGGUACGCUCAUGUGGGCGAAUAAGAAGACAAUUUGACGCUUGUAUGUUGUCUGUAUUUCUAUUUAAUAAAGUUAUUUUAUAAGUUGA